CCCCCUAGCGCGUCCUCCUGGGCGGCCGCUAUAACCCUCUGCUCCGCGGGCAGCUUCAGAGCCGCGCGACGCCGCCGUCCCGGAGCACUUUACCCACAGCAGUGCUGGCCGCCGGACCACGCGUUCCCGCACAUUCGAGCCUUUCCCUUGAGACGGCGGACGCCGGACGAUUGGGGCGGCAGUCUGCCAUUUCCUUUUUUUAUUAAGAUUAUUUUUCUUGCCUAUUGUUGGUCUUUUUAUUUUUUGGUUUGAUUUUUGUUUUGCGAUUUUUGUUUAGCUGAGAAAACCCCACAGAAGGCGUUUGCGUGACGUUUCCGGGACACAAGAGCCGAGACCACCGAGGCAACCUCGCGGGCCGGUGCUCUGCCAAGGACAAAAGGAGUCCGGUGUUGAUCGCUGCACCCUUAUCUGCUCCCGGUUCCAGCAUGAAGAAAGCCGAAAUGGGAAGAUUCAAUAUUUCCCCGGAUGAGGACAGCAGCAGCUACAGUUCCAACAGCGACUUCAACUACUCUUACCCCACCAAGCAAGCUGCUCUCAAAAGCCAUUAUGCAGAUGUAGAUCCUGAAAACCAGAACUUCUUACUUGAAUCGAAUUUGGGAAAGAAGAAGUAUGAAACAGACUUUCAUCCAGGUACUACUUCCUUUGGAAUGUCAGUAUUUAAUCUGAGCAAUGCGAUUGUGGGCAGUGGAAUCCUUGGGCUUUCUUAUGCCAUGGCUAAUACUGGAAUUGCUCUUUUUAUAAUUCUGUUGACAUUCGUGUCCAUAUUUUCCUUGUACUCUGUUCAUCUCCUUUUGAAAACUGCCAAUGAAGGAGGGUCUUUAUUAUAUGAACAGUUGGGACAUAAAGCGUUUGGAUUAGUUGGAAAGCUUGCGGCCUCUGGAUCAAUUACAAUGCAGAACAUCGGAGCUAUGUCAAGCUACCUCUUCAUAGUGAAAUAUGAGUUACCUUUGGUGAUCCAGGCAUUAAUGAACAUUGAAGAUACAACUGGAUUGUGGUAUCUGAACGGUGACUAUUUGGUUUUGCUGGUGUCGCUGGUGCUCAUUCUUCCUCUGUCACUGCUGAGAAACUUAGGAUAUUUAGGAUAUACCAGUGGCCUUUCCUUACUUUGCAUGAUGUUCUUUCUGAUUGUGGUGAUCUGCAAGAAAUUUCAGAUCCCUUGUCCUGUGGAAGUUGCCUUGUUAAUUAAUGAGACUGUAAACAGCACCUUAACACAGCCAACAGCUUUGGUACCUGAGAUGGUAUUUAAUGUGACUGAAGAUACUUGCAAACCACGUUAUUUUAUCUUCAAUUCCCAGACUGUGUAUGCUGUGCCAAUUUUGACCUUUUCAUUUGUCUGUCAUCCUGCUAUUCUUCCCAUUUAUGAAGAGCUGAAAGGCCGCAGCCGUAGAAGAAUGAUGGAUGUGUCCAAGAUUUCAUUUUUCGCGAUGUUUCUUAUGUACCUGCUUGCUGCCCUCUUUGGAUACCUGACAUUUUAUGAGCACGUGGAGUCGGAAUUGCUUCAUACCUACUCUUCUAUCGUGGGAACUGACAUCCUUCUUCUCAUCGUUCGUUUGGCUGUGUUAGUGGCUGUCACCCUGACCGUGCCAGUUGUGAUUUUCCCGAUCCGGAGUUCCAUCACUCAUUUGUUGUGUGCAGCAAAAGAUUUCAGUUGGUGGCGUCAUAGUCUCAUUACAGUGUCUAUCUUGGCAUUUACCAAUUUGCUUGUCAUCUUUGUCCCAACUAUUAGAGACAUCUUUGGUUUCAUUGGUGCAUCUGCAGCUGCUAUGUUGAUUUUUAUUCUUCCAUCUGCCUUCUAUAUCAAGCUAGUGAAGAAAGAACCUAUGAAAUCCGUACAGAAAAUUGGGGCUGUGUUCUUCCUGUUAAGUGGCAUAGUGGUGAUGACCGGAAGUAUGGCCUUGAUUGUUCUGGAUUGGGUGCACAACGCCCCUGGAGGCGGCCAUUAACGGGCACCACUGAGACUCCAUAGUCCACUUGAUGCCAGUGUUGAGUCAACUCUCAACUCACUAUGAAAUUUCACCUAAUGUUUUCAGUUUCACUUCCUUUUGAAGUGCAGAUUCCUCGCUGGUUCUUCUGAGUGCAGAAUAAGUGAACUUUUUUUUUCUUUUUAAAGAAAUUAUUCUGUAAAAUAGAAAUGGAUAUUAACAACAAAACCACGAGUCUCGGGUUAAUGGAAGUGACAAUUUUAUUCCAUUCCAGAGAAUGGACGAACUCUUAACUUUUAUCAAGCCACAUGUUUGGCUGUCAUUGUUUAACUUGGAUAUUUUAUGAUUUUACUUGAAUGUGCCUAAUGGAACCAUUCGAUGUGAGAAACAAUUCUUAUUAAUUUACAGCAAAGUAUUGAAAUAACCAUUGAGGAAAACACUUAUUAUUUUUUUGUACCAAAAAUAUUUGAAGACCUCAGAAGCACUAUUUUACUUUUAAAAAAUUUGCUUU